UCUUCCUUAAACAAUCAAUACAAAACCCUCCUAAAAAUAAAUAAUACGAACAAAAACCAAACACAUCAUCUCCCGCUUCCGCUCCGCUCCUCUCCUUUCCCUUCCUCGCUCCUCGGAGGCGCCCCCUUUUUAGCCCUCGGCGAUUCGGAGACCCCCGAGCCCCUCCGGUCUGCACUGUAACUGCCUCAUCGACCUCCUCCUCCUCUCCGCCGCCUGGGAGCUCUGAGGCCCGUCGAAGGCAGGCCGUCGGAUCAGGGGCGGGUGGAUGGACGGAGGGCGUUGAGGCUCUCUUUCUCUCUCCACCCCCAGGGGAAAGGAGGGAGCCGGAGGGCGUCAUGGGUAACUGCCUUUGCUUCGAAGACCGCUCUAGCCGUAAUUCGUCAGUAUCAGUUCCAAUUGGUAAUGCUUCUUUAGCAUCAUCUCCUACCCAAGAACAUCAAGUUGCAAAAAUGACCAGCAAUGUCGUGACUUUGCCAGUGACAAUCAAAGAUGUGGAAGAUUUCCGACAGAUGCCUGGCUAUGGCAAUGUCCAAAUAUUUACAUAUGAUGAAUUGAGGCUGGCUACCAAUAAUUUCCGUGCAGAUCUAAUACUUGGUGAGGGCGGGUUUGGCCUUGUCUAUAAAGGUGUCAUAGAUGCUAAUAUCCGACCAGGUUUCAAGUGCACUCAAGUUGCUGUUAAAAAGCUUAAUCCAGAAGGACUCCAAGGAGACAAGGAAUGGCUGGCAGAAGUCAACUAUCUUGGCCUCUUUAGUCAUCCAAACCUAGUCAAGCUUAUUGGCUACUGCUGCGAGGAUGAACAUCGGUUAUUGGUUUAUGAGUACAUGGCCAAUGGGAGCUUAGAAAAUCACCUCUUCAUAAAGGGUUGCAGUACCUUGCCAUGGUUGACUCGGAUGAAGAUAGCUCUGGAUGUUGCCAAUGGGCUUGCCUUUCUUCAUGGAGCUGAAAGACCCCUCAUCUAUCGUGAUUUCAAGACAUCAAACAUCUUGCUUGAUGUGGGGUGUAAUGGGAAGCUGUCAGACUUUGGGCUAGCAAAGGAGGGGCCUAUGGGAGAGCAAACACAUGUUUCCACAAGGGUCAUGGGUACUUAUGGCUAUGCAGCUCCCGAGUACAUAUUGACUGGGCAUCUGACGGCGAGAAGCGAUGUGUAUGGGUUCGGGGUGGUGCUGCUGGAGCUCCUGCUGGGGCGCAGGGCGUUCGACCAGAGCAGGCCGGGCCGCGAGCACAACCUCGUGGAGUGGGCUCGCCCGCUGCUCGUCCGCCCCAAAAAGCUCCUCCGCAUCAUCGACCCCAGAAUGGACGGGCAGUACUCCGAGGAGAAGGCGGAGAGGGUGGCCCGCUUGGCCUCCGACUGCCUCAGCGAGAACCCCAAGGCGAGGCCUUCCAUGAGCGAGGCGGUCAACGUCCUCCGCGACGUCCUCAGAGCCGACGACGUCAGCCUCCCCCUCCCCACCCCAGAAGCCGCCGCAGGGAUGACGACGACGACGACGACGCCGAGAACGACGCGGUUUGAAAGAUGAGAAGGAUGAUGAAGCCGUCUCAACAGGAAACAAGUGAUGGUGACAAGCUCGCUCCCCACUUCCCCAUUCUCCCAGUGGUCUGGCGGGCUGGCGAUUUGACUCAUUCCUUAAAUAUCCAUCACCGUGUCGAGAAAUCUGACCAUCGAUCUUAGUUCUCCCAUAGAUAUCAUCACUAUCCUAUUCGACCAUUGGAAUGCCACCUAUCCUACAUCCGAACCGAAUUAUUCCUAGUUGUAGAAUUUCUUGGGCGAAAU